CCCACGUGACCGGAGCCCCAAUCCAAUAUGGCGGCGCCCAGGAGGCGCGGGCUGCUCUUCCUGUCCUCGCUGCUCGGCUUGCUCGGAGUGGCGUGGUGCAGCCUGGGCUCGGGGCUUUCCCGCGACGAUGACCUGCUGCUGCCUUACCCACUCGCGCGCACACGUCCCUCGCGGGACUGCGCCCGGGUGCGCGCCGGCAGCCGCGAGCACGAGAGCUGGCCUCCGCCGCCCGCGACCCCUGACGAGAGCCACGGCGCGGCCGUACGCACUUUUGUGUCGCACUUCGGGGGCCGCGCGGUGGCCGGCCACCUGACACGGGUCGCCGCGCCUCUGAGCACUUUCUCGGUGCUGGAGCCCGGGGGACCCGGAGGCUGCGCGCAGAAGCGCCGCUCCACCGUGGAGGACACAGCCGUCCCGGCCGGUUGCCUCGUCGCCCAGAACGGUGGCUUCUUCCGCAUGGGCACCGGCGAGUGCUUGGGGAACGUGGUGAGCGACGGGCGGCUGGUGAGCAGUUCCGGGGGGCUGCAGAACGCGCAGUUCGGGAUCCGCCGCGACGGGACUUUGGUCACCGGAUACCUAUCUGAGGAGGAGGUCCUGGACACCGUGAAUCCAUUCGUGCAGCUGCUGAGUGGAGUUGUGUGGCUCGUCCGCAACGGAAGCAUCUACAUCAACGAGAGCCAAGCCAUCGAGUGUGAUGAGACGCAGGAGACAGGCUCUUUUAGUAAAUUUGUGAACGUGAUAUCGGCCAGGACAGCUGUGGGUCAUGACCGUAAGGGGCAGCUCGUACUCUUCCAUGCAGAUGGACAGACGGAGCAGCGUGGCAUCAACCUAUGGGAGAUGGCGGAGUUCCUGCUGAAACAAGAUGUGGUCAAUGCCAUCAACCUGGAUGGAGGUGGUUCUGCUACCUUUGUGCUCAACGGGAGCCUGGCCAGUUACCCUUCAGAUCACUGCCAGGACAACAUGUGGCGCUGUCCCCGCCGUGUGUCCACUGUGGUAUGUGUGCAUGAACCCCACUGCCAGCCGCCCAACUGCAGUGGCCACGGGACCUGUGUGGAUGGCCGCUGUGAAUGCACCAGCCGCUUCUGGCGGGGUGCCGCCUGCAACGAGCUAGACUGUGGCCCCUCCAACUGCAGCCAGCAUGGGCUGUGCACAGAGACUGGCUGCCGCUGUGAUGCCGGAUGGACGGGAUUCAACUGCAGUGAAGAGUGUCCUCUGGGCUGGUAUGGGCCAGGUUGCCAGAGUCCUUGCCAGUGUGAUCACCAGUGUCCCUGUGACCCCCAGACUGGCAACUGCAGCAUCUCGCAAGCAAAGCAGUGUCUCCAGUCAACGGAGGCCACACCAAGGGCAGGAGAGCUGGCCUUUUUCACCAGGACCACGUGGCUGGUACUUACCCUCAUCCUAGUUGUCCUGCUGCUGAUCAGCAUGGUAGUCAAUGUGAACUUGAUCCUGGGCUCCAAGGCAGAGCGGAACCGACACCUCGACGGGGACUAUGUGUACCACCCGCUGCAGGAGAUGAAUGGGGAGCUGCUGGCUGCAGAGAAGGAACAGACAGAAGACACCUGCAACCCCUUCAAGGACUGACAGAGACCUGGGCUGCCAGUGGCGUGCCCCCAGAUAACGCUGUCCCUGCUCCUCAGUUUUAUGGGGAAGGAUGUGAGGCCACUGGCAUGGAUGCUACACGCUCCACUCCUUGCCUGGCCGUGUCCCCACACUGUGGCCCAUGCCACCCCAGCAAUACGGAGCUCUGGAGAGCCUGCACCUGCUUCCCCGCCUGCCUGUGUCUGCUGCCCAGAGACCUGUCUCCCACAGAGGUCUCGCCACUGCCAAAGACUCUCAGGAGGCAACUAGCAAAUGAAAUUCUAUAGCCUAAUCAUGAUAAGAGUGGCCAACUCUCCUGGGCCACCUGCACAGGGGGGAGAGUAGAAAAACUUACCCCCCGCUCAGCCACGGUGUACCGCCUUUUAUGUAGCCUCAUUGCCGGACUGCCAACUAGAAUUCUGCAACCUGUCACAGGAAGCUCCUCAUAAGACGAUGGGGAGGAAGGAUGUCGCCAUGUUUACAGACUUUCUAUUUUUGUUCUGCGCCCUAAAGGAAUUUUCUAAUACUUGAAUAAAUUGGGAUACUAAAACAAGCCACCAGGUCUGAGCCCUGGGCAGGGGCUCUCAUGGGGGUCUGAGCCAUUCCCAGUGCCUUCUGUCAGCCAAUGCUACACAAAUGUGGCCAGGCACAAGGCCACGGGGACCAUGCUGAGCCCUGGUUCUGUGUUCCUGCAAGCUCCAAUCAGUGUUGUUGCUGCAGGCGAGGUUACACUUCGAAAGCAAGGAUUUGAUUGGCCCUAAGCGUUUUUCAAAGAGGGUUGUCCUAGUUUCUAUUGCUGUGAUGGAGCAUUACCCAGACAACUGUCAAAGAAAGCGUUUAAUCCGACUUGUGAUUUCAGAGUGGCAGAGUCCA